CACCGGAACUCCUUUACUCCUCAACAACAACCGGUACUCUUUCGCGUUAGAAAAUCUUUUGUCCAAAAACAGCCGUGGUUUCCUCGAACGCCAAAGACCGACGUACAAGGAGUCAAACAUCUGGCUGCAUUAUAUUAUCUGCGGGCUUUCCAUACUUUGCCUCUCUUUACCAUAGAUUAUUGUAUGCUCCUCUUUACCGAUUGUCGGGAUGUGACCCCGGAACAGGACGCAUCCUCAGAACGACAACAAACCAUUCAAUCUGGACCGGGAGAGGGCAACGGGAGCCGGGGGGAUGAACCGAGAGGAGGCCCCGGGCAAGUCUCCCGAGGAGAUGUACGUCCAGCAGAAGGUGCGCGUGCUCCUGAUGCUCAAGAAGAUGGGAUCUAAUCUGACCCCGAGUGAGGAGGCGUUCCUCCGGAACUACGCGGGUGUGGUGCACAGCCAGAUGAGCCAAUUACCACAGCACCCCAUCGAGCAAGGUGCUGAGGAUGGGGUGAUGGCCUUCUCCAGAUCAGAAACUGAGGACCGGAGGCAGUGACCUCCAUCAGCACUACCCCCCCACCCCCCACCCCCAACCCCCCACACACACACCCAAAUCACCUUCGACUACAACAACACAACUACGGCUGACCCUCAGACAGGGGCCCGGGACGCUGUUCGGGGAGAAGCUCCUUCCUCAGUGUUUUUUUUUUUUCUUUCUCUUCCUCCUCCUCCUUUCUCCCCAAACACAGCUGGUGCCCCGGCUGCAGUGCAAUAGAGACAGGUCCUGAGCAUGAGGAGAAUAUGAAUGGAUCGGCAAAAACGGGCGGUUUUACACUCUUUUUGGGCUCCACUCUUUGUAUUCCCCCCCCCCUCCCCAAUUUGUAUGGAUGUUUUUCUUUUUUUUUUUUUGUAUCUGUCUUCUGGGAAGUGACUGGAAGCACUCAGGCCCUCUAGGUUAGCCUGAAGAGGAAUGAAGUCGGACAGUGAUUAGUAGGAAUUAAUCCUUCAGUGAUGGACAGUCAUGUUAGCUCCCGUUUUUAAAAUACUAUCACUGGGGAGAUCGAUUUAUUUUUAAGUGUGUUUUAAAGUUUUUUUUUUUUUUUUUUUCCCACCCCCCCUUUUGGUCACAUGAGGAAGUCCAGUGGCAGCUGCAGUUCUGCACUCUUUAGCCACAGGCUGUCCUUUUGCCCACACACUCCUGUAAGCUGCUGAAAGUGGGGCCCUGCUCGUUCUGUCAAAUGAGUGGACUGCUUUAGCUUGACAACAAACUGACAACAAAUUCAGAUUUCUGUGAUCGUUGUGAUUAUGAAUACAACUGGUUUUACUUAAGUCGGUCUAAUUAAGGGGAGUGAGCACACUCGGUUGCUGUUGAAUUGUGUUGUGAAGUAUAGUCGUAUGAGACUACUGGCACUGCUGGUCUUUGUCUUAUUGUAAAAGCUUGUGCAGCAUAGACAACUACAGAAACUUUGGAUGUAACAAUUUGUGCCAGUUGUUUAAAAUGCCAAUAAUAAGAAAUUUAAAAUGAAGGUCAACAUUGGGUCUAAUUUAUUGUUCAUUUUGUUUUACUAUGAUAGUUUUUAGUUUUUAAAUGUGUAUAGCUAAAUUGUCAAAAUUGCAUACACUAUUCAACUGAAUGAACACAAACUGAGAUUUUAAAUUCCUUUUAUUUUAAAUGUAACAUUUCCUGAUGUCUAUUGUGUUUGUACCCAGGACCUGGUAUAACUUCUUGCCGUAAUUAGAAAUUUGGCAACCACAAAAAAAAGGCUUUGCCUAGACCGAAAAUCACUUACAGCAUCGUUUUCAUGUUGGACAAAUGAAUCCCCAGUGAGAUUCAACCAAACGGCGAUGUACAGUCAUCGAGAUAAUAUACAAUUUGGCAUUUUGAUUCUAUUUGUUUUCAUCAUGCCUUCAGCAAACACAGGAGGACUGAAGGAAAAUUAUUUCAUUUUUUAAAUCAAUGUCUUCUGUUUACUGCACAUGGUGAUUACCAGUUUCUUAACGCUCAGUAUUUAAUACGUGUGUGUAUCUUUGCUGCCUUGUGCAAGUUAAUUAUUCAGUAACAGGCAUAACGGUCCUGAACAUUUACACUGCAGUUUACUGAAUAUAUUGGUAUUAGCUUCUGACAGUGUUCAAUGAUUUGACUUAAACUGGUUUUAAAGACACCAGACUAUUGCCAUGUUUGCAAAGGGAUGGUAUUGAAAUUGUAAUAUUUCUUUCCCACUAGAAAUAUACUUUCCCUGUAUGUAACCAGUGAAUGUGGACUUUUUUUUUACCGCCAGACAUUUAGCUUUAUUCCAAAUUACAGAAUGUUUGACAAAUUACAGUGGUUUACAGGUUUGCUGUAAAUUUUACAUUUCAAAUUCUAAAUAUUUUUCCUAAUUUACCCUUUGUAAUAUGUACGAAAGAACAACUUCUAAAACUGUAUUUGUGUUAGGUUUUUAUCUCAUCACUGACAUUAAUGGUCUGUUUGUAUUCUGGUUGUUUGGAUUAUCAGUGCAUUUACAGCAUGGUCCCUCGAUGCUGAGUUGGCCAAUGGGAUUUACAGCAUGUCUUGUACCACUGCAGUGGUGUACCUUUUGAUGUCAUGAACUGUAGAUGACUUGUGGGUGCUUAUCUUUAUGGGUUUUAAAAGGUUGUAUUGCUUUUUGGUGUUUUAACCCCCUCCCCUUACUUAAUAUUAGUGUUAGUAAUAAUUCAAUUGUAAUUGCUGGAUGGCUUCUGACCUCACCUUGAAUAAAUGCUUCCAACCCUACA